AAGAUAAUUUGAAUGCACUAAGUAUGAGCAUGUGAACCAAUUGACAUCAAUUUGUCUUCAUCCAAAGCAUUUUCCCUCAUUAAAGUGAAACACAUUGUUUGAAAAUAGGAAUUAUAAAGAUUCAAGUAGUUGUUGCUGCCAGACACACAGAGAGAGUGCUGCUAAGAAUAACUUAAAUUGAUUAUUGCUUCAUGUGUCUAGAGUCAGCUAAAGGCUUAAAUUGAAAAGUGUUUUAAUAUUUUAAUUCAUAGUUUAUCCUAGUGCGAUAGGUUGUUAUGGAAAUGUCACUCAAUCUCACUAAAUUCGUUGUGUUUAUGUCAGUGUACUUUAAUCUCCACCUGUGUUUUGACCAAGAUGUCUGCGUACGUACGACUGCGCGUAGACGUAGUCAGCGUGGCGUAGCUACGUAGGCGCGUUCGCACGAGCGCGGGUCAUCUCUGACUACGUAGAAGGUAUGGAUCUUGUGUCUCCGCACAAUGUGCUUUACAAAGUUUUUCUCAGCAUGAAACGAUAUGAAAUGAUGUUGCUCUGUUUCAUAUUAACUCUCCUCCAUUCAGUAAGUGUUUGGUGGAUGUUUGAUCGCAGUAUCUUUACUUUUAGGUGAGUUUUACUUGUGGGUAUGAGCGGGCUAAUAUUUUUCUUUAGUACGUUUUGCUAGCUUAAAGUUCGCCGCGUUUUCCUACUGUUUAUUUCAUGAAUUUUCUUGCUAAGGGAGCUGGCUUGGACCUGAUGUCAUAGACGCAGUGUUCACGGUUUUUGAGUCUUGUUAAUAUCUUAACAGGAGGAGUAUCGAAGGCAGCUGAGUUCAGGAAGAGAUGCCUUCAGGAAACUAUGGUCUUUUGGGACCAGCAUGCUGCUCUCAUCUGGGUGCACAGAACAUCUGCUCAUUUGGAGGAGAUCCAGACAACAUCACCAUCUUUGGAGAAGGUGCAUGAGGGGCUAGUGUCAGCUUCCAGGUGAGAGAGAGCCAUCUCGCAGAGCGGGGUCUCCCUUUGCCCCUGGGCCAUCAACAAGAACCCCUGCAAGUUCACUGAAGAGGUACAAAACAGUCUCUGUAAAAUCCCUGAGUUUCUGUAUGAUUUUAAAGAAAUGUAAACACUACAAAUCCCAGCACGGAGACUGUCAAGGAAACCAUUGCGGGUACUGGAACAGACUACAUCUUACUGGUUCCUACACAGGCUGCCCUCUACCUUCAUCUUGCCAAUGCCGAGUGAGAAUAGGAUGUCACUGUCUAUUUGCAUAUCCCACCUUUAAAAUUGAAUCUACCAAUUUGUUCUUGACCUCAGAAUCAGCAGUUGACAGACCACACCUGGAGAUAAAACCAUCAUGCCAGAAUUGAUUCAUUGAAUAUAAACUAAUGAUUACUCCUUGUAUUUUUAAAUCUACUUUUGUAUACCUUUAUUACUUAAUAGAUAUUUUCCCAGUGUAAUAAAUCUGCUGAGCCCCAGCAGAAGACGACGCCAACACGCAGUCAUGGCUUUACAGAGCAUUUCUGAUAAAAGACCACAAGAGGGUGCGUGCAGAACAUGAGCCAGCUCUACUCAGGUUACAGGUAAAUCAUACAGGCUUGGCUUGAUAUUUAGAGCAUAUUAAAUUAAGCAAAUAUUACAAAUGAAAUAAAACAGAUACUAUGUAAUACAAUGCAUACAAGGGAAUUGUUGCUCUGUAAAUCGUAAGCCCAGGUUUGGUGAUUUAAUGCUACAGUAUUCAACAGUAUUUGUGCUCUUCCAACUUUGUGGCCCCUGUGCACAAACCCAAGUCCGUAAAUGUUCUUCCCAGUGCGGUGUAGAAGAACUGGUCUGCACAAAGCCCCGACCUCAACCCCAUUCAAGCCAGGCCUUCAGUGCAAAUCAGACCACUGUGUUAAUCCUAGGUUACUCAGGUGAAGUCAGGUCAGACCCCUGAGGCUGGACCGACCCUGGGUGUGGCUUAAACGAAGUAGCGCAUCUUGUCUCCAAGGCGCUCGUGUGAAACGUGCCACUCCCGGGCGACACAUCAUGUCCUUAAACUGCCCGAUGGUAAACGAACCCAGUGCAGCCUGUCACUGCAGCCUGCAGGAGAGAGACUGUGACAGCCAACACCAGACAGGAUGGACGGGCACGUCAUGUCCACAGGGAAGGUAGCUGCUGCUGCUGUUCUGGGAGUAGGUGCAGUGCUUAUCCUGCAGGGCGGAGACUCGGCAGGUAUCGGGUACCACCUGGUGUGGAGAGAAACUGGGUUGCUCGGUGCUCCAGCGCGAGCUGUGGUCUGCAUCAUCGCUGGCUUUUCCCUCCUCGCCGUGGUUUGGCUGUACAGGCUGCUCUUCCGUCCUCUGGAGCUGCUCAAGGUGCUCGAGGAUGUGGGAUACAUCGCUGAGGACGGUCGCUCCAGAGCCCGGGCGGCGAACGAGGUCCGCCGCAGGAGGAAGAUCGGAGAGCUGCCCCCGGUGUAUCCAAACGGCUGGUACCGAGCGCUGGACUCUCACAUGCUGGAGAGGGGCGAGGUUAGAAGUGUCACUGUUCUAGGUGAGCAGGUGGCAGUAUUUCGAGCCCAGGAUGGGAAGGCCUACGUGGUGGAUGCCUACUGCCCUCACCUGGGUGCCAAUCUGGCUGUGGGAGGACAGGUGGUGGGAAACUGCAUAGAGUGCCCUUUUCAUGGAUGGCAGUUUGAUGGGAACGAUGGGAAGUGUGUGAAGAUCCCCUACGCAGAAAAAGUGCCAGAGUUUGCCAAGGUACGCUGCUGGCCCAGCUGUGAGGUCAACGGACAGAUCCUGGUUUGGUUUCACUGUGAUGGAGAAAAUCCUCAGUGGACUGUCCCAGAGCAGCAAGAGAUCACAAAGGGAGAGUGGGUCUAUCGAGGGAGAACUGAGCAUUUUAUCAACGCUCACAUACAGGAGAUUCCUGAAAAUGCAGCAGACAUCGCUCACCUCGCUCAUCUGCACACACCGGGCAUGGUCAGCGGCGUAGAUCUGCGCUACACAAACAGCAAAAUCUGGGAAUUUGUGCGACAUGACUGGAAGGCUCAGUGGGAACCAGAGUCAGAGCCCAACAAGCACUGUUCUCAGAUGCUGGUGAAACACGCUCUGACAGUGUUUGGGCACCACUGGCCUCUGCUGGAUGUUCAAGUUGUGGCCAGACAGGUGGGUCCAGGACUGGUGUUUCUGCUGUUUAACCACAGUUUCCUGGGCCGGGGUGUGAUCAUGCACUGUGUGACUCCAGUGGAGCCUCUGCUGCAGUGUGUCUCUCACACCAUCUUCUAUCAGUCUAACAUCCCUCCUCUGGUGCCCAAAUUCAUCCUCAGAGCAGAGUGCAUUCAGUUUGAGCGGGAUGUGAUGAUCUGGAACAAUAAGAAGUACAUCUCCAAGCCUCUUCUGGUGAAGGAGGAUUCAGCCAUCCAGAAGCACAGGCGCUGGUUCAGUCAGUUCUACAGCGAGAACAGCCCGCGGCUGCAGUACCGGCGCGACACUCUAGACUUUUGACCUCUCUGGACUACAGGAGGAGAU